UUCUCAGACAAAAAGAGGUUGCAGAGUGGAGAAAAUUUAAGAAGUCCUGAUGUAGAGAAUCCUUGCUUAGGCACCAAUUGCACUAGAUGGUCUCUGAGAGCCUCUCCUUCUUGAAAAUUUCAUAUUGUCACAGCUGGAAGAGACAUAGAAAAUAGUAUGUUUCCUGUAGACAGAGUCUUAGAGGCUAUGUGAUAUACUAUACCUAGCUUGUAGUCGAGACCUAAAAUGUAUAUUUAAAUUUCACUACCAGUAAGUACUAGCUUUGCAAACACUGCCAACUCAUUUAACUUCUGAGACUACUUUACCUGCCUUCCAGAGUGGUUUGUGAGGAUCAGAUGCAUAAAGCAUAGAGCAUAGAAAAUAGUUUGCAUAGUUUAAGCACUAUAAGAAUUCAUUGAGAACUAUCAAUUAACCCUUAGAUUUAAAUCCAGAGAGGAGAAAGCUUGCCUAAGAUCAAGAUUAAUAGCAGAGCUGAGUCUAGUACUUGGGUCACUGAGUCCAACAAUUCUCAAAAUGAGUAUGUUAUAGAUGGAACAAGAAAGUUAAAGAAAUCAUUGAGAAAGCAUUUAUUAUUUACUAUUAAAUAUAUAAGUUUGUAUUAAGUGUUGGAAAGACAGUUAAGUGACAGUUCUUACUCUCAAGGAGUUUUCAUUUUUUAAAAAUAUUUUAAUGGUUUUUAUUUUUUAAAAUGUAUGCAAAGUUAGUUUUCAACAUUCCCCUUUGCAAAACCUUGUGUUCUAUAUUGUUCUCCUCUUCCUCCUUCCUCAGACAGUAGCAAUCUGAUGUACAUUAAGCAUGUCCAAUUCUUCUAAAAAUAUUCACAUAUUCAUCAUGUUGCACAAUAAAAAUUUGAUCAAAAAGGAAAAAAAAUAAGAAAAAAAACAACAAAUGGUGAAAAUACUUAGCUUUGAUCCACAUUCAAUGUCCAUAGUUCCCUCUCUGAAUGUGGAUGGUAUUUUCCAUCACAAGUCUAUUGGAAUUGUCUCGUUUCACCCCAUUGUUGAAAAGAGCCAAGUCUAUCACAGUUGAUUAUCACAUAAUCUUAUUAAUGUGUACAAUGUUCUUUUGGUUCUGCUCACUUCACUGAUCUUCAGUUCAUAUAAGUCUCUCCAGGCCACUCUGAAAUCAUCCUGCUGGUUGUUUCUUACAGAAUAAUAAUAUUCUAUAACAUUCAUAUUUAUCAAUUUACUCAGCCAUUCCCCAACUAAUGGGCAUCCACUCAGUUUCCAGCUUCUAGCCACUAUAAAAAGGGCUGCCACAAACAUUUUUGCACAUAUGGGUCCCUUUCCCUUCUUUAAGAUUUCUUUGGGGUAUAAGCCCAGUAGAAAUAAUGCUGGAUCAAAGGGUAUGCACAGUUUAAUAACUUUUUGGGCAUAGUUCCAAAUUGUUCUCUAGAAUGGUUGGAUCAGUUCACAAGAAGUAGUUUACAUUUUAAUUGUGGGUAAGAUGAUAGGAAGUUUCAAUGGCCAAUCAGAUGAAAAGAUCCAUCUUGAAUUACCUACAGAGCAGCAAUGAAACACUAUAAUGCCCUUUCCUCUUGCUGGGAAUGAGAAUAUACUCUGAAGUUCAACAGAAAUGGGACCUUAAAGUGUAACCAGAUCAGGGAAGAGGAAGGCAGGAGCUAAGUAUAACCCAGGGACAGGAUUGGCCUUGGGGAAAGAGAUUGAAGGUCCAGGAGAAGAGCCAGGUGCUGGCCAACUGCCUGUCUCAUUCCUGUAAGGGGAGUGGUGUCUGGAUAUGAGGACCAGGGCAGUGAAUUGGAUUACUGGGGAAUCAGGAAAUCGGCUCCCCAUUCAGAUCUCAAUCAUGAGGGCAGAGUCCAGCUCUGGGAAAGUCAUAAAUUGAGUUCCAAGGUGCAAGACCCAGGGAUGAGGGAACUUGGGAAUCAGAACCUAAUGGGGAGAACUUGAGAAGCUUCCAAGAGGCAGAGCACGGUGAUCCUGCUCAUGGCCUUUCUGGUGGCAGGCUCUUUGCGUGUGGCAGUGGAAAAGGCAGAAACUAGGAACUGCCUGGAGAGAAAGGGGAAAUAUGACAUGUCUGGGGCCCGAGUGGCCCUGACCCUUUGUGUCUUGGAAGGGCAAACUGGAGAGAAUAGGGCAGUUGCAGCUCUGGAAGCUAUGUACCAAGCACUAGGCUUUGAGAAUUACCUUAGAAGAGUGAUCAAGACCCAGUCUUUCCAGGAAGAACUGGCUCAUUUUCGAGAGCUGCUGGAUGCCCACGGGAGCCCUGUCAGCUGUGCAUUGGUUGUUCUCAUGGCCCACCGGGGACGUCCAGGGUGGCUGCUGGGGCCAGAUGGGAAGGAGAUACAAGAGAAAGUGUUGGUUGGAGAACUGAACCGCUGCCAAGCCCUGUGGGGCAAAGCCAAGGUGUUUCUGUUGCUGGGCAGCAACAACACAGGCUUGGAAUCCAGUGCUUUUCUUCCUAUCCUGACAGACCUCUACAGACAGUCUCCCCCCUGGCACUUUUUGGAGGUGCUCACCCAGGUCAUUGGCAAGGUAACUCAAGAGAUGCCUACCAUAGGGCAUAAGUGUCCCGUCUUCCAGAGCUCCCUUCGGGGUGCACUAUACCUUGGGAGAGUAAGAGCACAGGAUCUGGAGCUCAGCCUCACUCCCGAAGGAAAAUAUGACAUGUCUGGAGCAAAGGUAGCCCUCGUCCUGUGUGUCACCCAGGACCGCCCUGGGGCUGAACAGGACCUUAAAGCCCUGAAGAGAUUGUUCCAAAUCCUGGGUUUUAAGAGCAUUCUAAAGAUGGAUCCUACUGCCCAGGAUUUCCGAAAGGAAUUGGCUCAGUUCCGGGAACAUCUGGAUGCCUGUGGGACCACUGUGAGCUGUGCCCUGAUAGUCCUUAUGGCCCAUGGGGAACCUCAGGGGCAGCUUCUGGGGGCUGAUGGACAGAUGGUGGGAGUGGAAGAGAUGGUGAGAGAGCUGAGCACUUGUCAGGUCCUGCAGGGCAAGGCCAAGGUUUUUCUGCUGCAGGGUUGCCGUGGGGGUAACAGAGAUCCAGGCACGAGACCUAGAGCUUUGCCUUGGCUAGGACAAUGGCUUCAGCACUGGCUCCAGAGGCCUUCAACUCUCCCCUCUCAAGCAGACAUCCUUCAGAUUUAUGCUGACAUGCAAGAUGUCUCCUCCAGGGUGUGCUUUCCUAGGAACUCAGACCAAGUGGAUAUCUUGAGAGUCUAUUCAGCUGCAGAAGGCUAUGUGGCAUACCGAGAUGAGAAUGGCUCAGACUUUAUCCAGACUCUUGUAGAAGUUAUCAUAGCUGAUCCUGACCGUGACCUUUUGGAGCUUCUGACUGAAGUAAACAGGAGACUGUGUGAAAUGGAUGUGCUUGGUCCAGACAGUGAUGAAAUACGAAAGAUGAACUUGGAGAUUAGGAGCUCCCUUAGAAAACAAUUAUGUUUAAAGAUAUGAGAGCUAGAAAACAAGACAGUAUAUCUGGACCUUCAAGGACUCUAACCCUCAAUUUUUCACUCCUUUUUUUUUUGUUUUUCAGUCCCCAGUAUUUGGUACAUAGUAGAUGUCUAAUAAAUUCUUUCCCCACUUCAA